GCGAUCAGAUGGGAUCUGCGUUGGAUGCGGCUGUACUGUCUGCUUUUCUAACUCUCGUGUGAUAUUUUUAGUCCUCCCGUUUCGACGCUCUCCUUCAGGAACGAGCACCCAAUCUAAACAGAGGUGGGCGCCAGACUGACGUCAGAGUACAAGUAAUUUGACGUGUAAGCUCCCCCCUCGCUCCCCCCCUCCUGCCAACAUCACGACCACAGACGCGCACUGACACCGAGCCCUGCCUUUCAGCAGCGUUUCCUCUCCCACAACAAGCUGGUUCCUUCCUUCCAUCUCAGAGAGAGGCUUUCAUUAGGAACACCCUGAACUUAACGACUGAUUCAUCCAUUUAUGUGAUUAUUAGAACCGCGCAACGUUUACAUCUCGCAGGGUUUUCUUUCUUUUCUUUUCUUUUUGAUUCCCCUCUUUUUUUGUGUGUGUGUGGAGAUUAUCUCUCCAUUUAUAUAUUCUCAUCUUGUUGAUUUCCCUCGGACAUGGACGUGAGAUGCCGUCCAGCGGUGAUGUGCUGUGUUCUCGCCGUCCUCUGCUCCGCGCUGCGCCGCUGCCAGGCGCUGUCUUACGCGGACAGGCAGUACCUGAACGAGUGGGCUGUGGAGAUCCCCGGCGGGCUGUCCGAAGCCGAGGCCAUCGCCAAGGAGCUGGACUACCAGCUGGUCCGACAGAUUGGGGCCCUGGAAAACCUCUUCCUGUUCAAACAUGGCAGCCACCCUCGCAGAAUGAGACGCGCCGCGGAGCACAUCACCAGGCAGCUCUCGGAGGAUGACCGGGUGUUGUGGGCAGAGCAGCAGUACGAGAAGCGCAGAGGCAAGCGGGCGGCCCUGAGGGAAUGCAAGGACUGCUCAGUGGACAAACUUUUUGACGACCCCAUGUGGAACGAGCAGUGGUACCUGCAAGACACGCGGUCGUCGUCCCAGCUGCCGAAGCUGGACCUGCACGUGAUUCCCGUCUGGCAGAAGGGCAUCACGGGGAAGGGAGUGGUCAUCACCGUCCUCGACGACGGACUGGAGUGGAACCACACGGACAUCUAUGCCAAUUACGAUCCGGCAGCCAGCUACGACUUCAACGACAACGAUCCAGAUCCUUUCCCCAGAUACGACUCCACCAAUGAAAACAAGCAUGGCACUCGGUGUGCAGGGGAGAUUGCAAUGCAGGCCGACAACAAGAAAUGUGGCGUCGGAGUGGCAUACAACUCCAAGGUUGGAGGAAUUCGCAUGCUGGACGGGAUUGUGACGGACGCCAUCGAGGCGAGCUCCAUUGGAUUCAACCCCAACCAUGUGGACAUCUACAGCGCCAGCUGGGGGCCCAACGACGACGGCAAGACCGUGGAGGGUCCUGGCCGCCUGGCCCAGAAAGCAUUUGAAUACGGUAUUCAGCAGGGUCGCAACGGGAAAGGCUCCAUCUUCGUCUGGGCAUCGGGUAAUGGAGGUCGCCAGGGCGAUAACUGUGACUGCGACGGUUACACAGACAGCAUCUACACCAUCUCAAUCAGCAGCGCCUCCCAGCAGGGCCUGUCGCCGUGGUACGCCGAGAAGUGCUCCUCCACUCUGGCUACGGCGUACAGCAGCGGAGACUACACCGACCAGAGGAUUACCAGCGCCGAUCUUCACAACGACUGCACUCAGACUCACACUGGAACCUCGGCGUCCGCCCCACUGGCUGCUGGGAUUUUCGCCCUGGCUCUGGAACAAAAUCCAGAUCUCACGUGGAGAGACCUGCAGCACAUUGUGGUGUGGACCUCGGAGUUCGAUCCGCUGGCCAAUAACCCGGGCUGGAAGAGGAACGGAGCGGGGCUGAUGGUGAACAGCCGCUUCGGUUUUGGGCUUCUCAACGCCAAAGCACUGGUGGACCUGGCAGACCCAGCGGUGUGGAAACACGCGCCAGAGAAGAAGCAGUGCAUCGUCAGAGACGACUCUUUUCAGCCGAGGGAGCUGAAGGCGGCAGGAGAGAUCACCAUAGAGAUCCCAACCAAAGCCUGCGAGGGCCAGGAGAACGCCAUCCGCUCCCUGGAGCACGUGCAGGUGGAGGCCAGCAUUGAAUACACCCGGAGAGGAGACCUGCACAUCACGCUUACCUCCCCCGCAGGUACAACCACUGUACUUCUGGCCGAGAGAGAAAGAGACACGUCAUCCAAUGGCUUCAAAAACUGGGACUUUAUGUCGGUACACACAUGGGGAGAAAACCCUGCUGGUACUUGGACAUUGAAGAUCACAGAUACUUCAGGGCGAAUGGAGAACAAGGGGAGGAUCUUGAACUGGAAGCUGAUUCUCCACGGAACAUCGGAGAAGCCAGAACACAUGAAGAAACCUCGAGUCUACAUUCCUUACAAUGCCGUUCAGAAUGACCGGCGUGGCGUGGAGCACAUGGAUGACAUGAUGGAGGAGUCCACGCAUCCCCGCCCCCGUCAGAAGACCGAGGCUGCAGAACCCUCUCCUUCAGUCUCAGAGAAGGAGCCCAAAAGCCCCUCAAGCGGCUCCCCACGCCCUCCUCCCUUGGCCCUGCUGCGUCUCCUUCAGACGGCUUUCAAACACCAUGCCACCGCGUCGCAGCUUCCCCGGGCCACAAUGAGGCCCCUCUCUGCCCGAAAGAAGCAGCAGCAGCAGCAAAGCCGGGGUUUUCUUCCUCUUCCUACAAAACUCCCAGCUCAUAAGCUGUACCAGGCUCUGGACUUGAUCAACAAGUUCAGCGGCCCAGGGGACAGCCUCUACAGUGACUACAGCGACGGCUUCUACAACAUCAAGCCGUACAAGCACAGAAACGACCGGCUGCUGCAGGCACUGUUUGAAAUGCUGGACGACUAGUCGAAGCCAGGGAGGCGCAACACGCAGGGAGAGAGGAGAGGAGAGGAGAGGAGAGGAGAGGAGAGGAGAGGAGAGGAGAGGAGAGGAGAGGAGAGGAGAGGAGAGGAGAGGAGAGGAGAGGAGAGGAGAGGAGAGGAGAGGAGAGGAGAGGAGAGGAGAGGAGAGGAGAGGAGAGGAGAGGAGAGGAGAGGAGAGAGGAGAGGAGAGGAGAGGAGAGGAGAGGAGAGGAGGAGAGGAGAGGAGAGGAGAGGAGAGGAGAGGAGAGGAGGUUGGGAGCGGAGGAACAAGACAAAGAGAUGAAAGAAGGCAGACAGAUGUCAAAACCUCUAAGGGGAACCUUGAGAUGAGAAAUACCCAAAAUGCUGCAUUUCUGAUUAUCUACUUCUAAUCCAUAACUGUCUAUAGAUUCGUUCUUUCAUUCAGUCCUUUAGAGCAGUAAACUCUUUACUUCCAACAUGGACUUGUUUGGAGCCUGUGUGCUGUAAAGUAUAUCCUCAUGUGGGGCGUCUAAAUGCAUUUAACCAGAAAACAAAGGGAUGUGGGAAGUUUUGGUGGCCUUGGCUCUCUUCUCUUUACUGCCUGCUCAAGCAUGCCACCGUUAAAAUAUAAGUUUUGCAGUAGUAUCUAUUUCUAUAUUGUCAUCCGGAAACAAUGAUUGUAAAACGGUUUGAAAGCCCUUUUAAGCAAAUCCCAUCCAUAUGUAGUUAUUCCUGAUGCUCUGAGCUACUGUAAUAACUUUUUUUCUUUACCUCUGAGUAAAAGUUUAUUCUAUAAAGCCGAAAGGAAGUCAGAUAAAUUAGAAAAAUUCCAGAAACAAAUUUUAAAAAAUACUAAACUAAUAAUCUCUUUAAAUUAUUUUGAAAAUGUUGGCUUUCGAUCUGUUCUCAGGGUGUCAACAAAGCAACACAAUAAUAGCUUUAUUUUCUAUAUACUUACAAGUAUUACGAGAAAUAUGUCAUUCAGAAAAAAUAUUUGCUAUAUAAGAGAGCAAAUAAAAAUGUUUUGACUUGCAAAUCAAUAAGGAUAAAUACUUCUUUUUUUAAAAAGAAUUUAAAAAUUUGCUUAAAUUAAAACAAUCACAAAAAAGCUAAGCAAAUACCCCAGCAGUUUUUUUUAUUUUUUAUUUUCUGAGUGCAAUGCUGCAUUAAAGAAAUUAUUUUUCUAUAGAUGAUUUAAACCUGUGAAAUAAGUUUAAUAGGACAUCAGAACCUUUUUAAAAAUGUAUUUCUUUGUGGUUCAGGUCACAGUUUGUGGCUGUAAAGUCUAUAUGGUUAUAAAUACGUAUAACUACAAACACUGCCAAAAAUGUUGCUGUCAAAAAGCUUCGCAAAAGGAAAAAAGAAAAAGUUGUUUUCCAGCAUAUGUACCAGCGGGAAAAAAAACAAACAAAAAAAAAAACUUCACCUGGCCCAAAGCUCUGUAGAAUAGGGGCUGAAUCCUGCAGCAUCAAAGCACAUUCAUGUUGAACGCCUUAAUUUCUGCUAAGAUUACUGUGCACAUUUAAUCUCCGUUUAAUGUCUUUAGUGUUUGUGACAUGAAUCCUUCUGGACGCCGUCAUGGGGAGUCUCUGCCCUCUGCCUCGGGUUGCCGCCUCAGCAAAGUGACCCGUUUGGUUGAAAGCUUUUCAUGCUCCAACUCACCUUUCCUUCAGAGCAGCCCGUGCUGCUCUCUUAACCACUUCUGUUGACGGACUCUUCGGUCAGACGUCGUUUACACAAAUUAACGUUAUGUUGCCAUGUCUGUAUGGAUGUAUAAAAAUAAAAAAAAUCUGAAAUUUAUUGAAUAAACUGCAAAGUGACA